AUGGCCAUCAGCUAUCCACUUUCGCUGUAUCGGAAUAUCGAGAAACUCAGCAAGGCUAGUGCUGUUGCUCUGUUGUCGAUGGUGUUUAUUAUUGUCGCUGUCAUUGUGCGUGGGCCUGCUAUGCCUUCGAUCUUGAAAGGCGACCCCUCCCUUCGCUUCUCCGUUGUUCACCCGUCGAACUUGAUUCGUUCUGUCGCGGUGAUUAGCUUUGCCUUCGUGUGCCACCACAACUCACUUCUAAUUUACGGCAGUCUAAAGGAGCCUUCCAUGGACAAAUUUCGCAUGGUAACACACUACUCGACGUUCAUUUCUGCUAUCGCAGCCAUUGCUAUGUCUAUUGCUGGCUACUGGUCGUUCGAAGACAAGACACUCUCCAAUAUCCUGAACAAUUUCCCGCGCACCGACACCGUUGUCAAUGUGGCUCGUUUCUGCUUCGGCCUCAACAUGUUUACGACACUCCCACUUGAGUGCUUCGUUUGCCGCGAAGUCCUCGAAACGUAUUUUUUCCGCGGUGAAUACGAUCAUCGCCGGCAUCUCAUCCUUACGACGAGUCUGGUAACGAGUGCUAUGCUCAUUUCUUUAUUGACCUGUGAUCUAGGUAUCGUUCUUGAAAUAACAGGCGGUUUGAGCGCAACUGCGCUAGCUUUCUUCUUUCCCAGUGUAUGCUACUUGAAGCUCAGCCACGAUGCCAAGCAAAUUGAUCGCUCUGCAUUGUACUUUGCUGUACCUAGCCAGGAAGAGGAACAAGACACUGUGGAAGAAGGUCCAGAGCGUGUCAUGGCCGAGAACAUUGCCUUGCCACUUCGUCCUGGCGCCAAUGCAGCAAUGCGCCAGCCUCAACAGGCUUUCAAGUGGUGGGAGUCCACCAAACUUCUCAGUGUGGCGUGUGCCUUCUUUGGCGCACUUGUACUUGUGGUAUCAGUUGGUACCGCCAUCAGCGAUGCCUGGAGCGGACGCGCUGGCGCCGUACAUCAGUGCAAUUGA